GCCACGUCCCCAUCCUGCCGUCCCCUCCCAUCUCCCAGGGACACUGUCAGGCGGGCGGCGCGUCCCCUGCGGCCCCGCUCAGUGGCCUGGGCCGGGAUGGAGACUCCGCUCAUGGAGGGCUCAGGGGAUUGUUGGGGAAUCCGUUCGGGAAAAAGCCACCAGGCCAUUCAGUGCCCAGCCGGCUUGGGGACCCCCACUGGCUGCCCUUUCGGAAGCGGGAGCUCUGGCGCUGCCCUUCCCUGGCUGUCUGGGGCCCUCUUCGCCCCCCACUCCCAGGACCCCGCCCCGCAGCCCAUGCCCAGGCCUCUGCCCCUGGCCAUGGGACUCAGGUCCCCAUGCCCCCGGCUAGAGGCAGCGGGCGGCUGGGCCAGCGGACGGGCCAGCUGGUUCCCUUCAGGGGCAGCCUUACCCCCUCUCCCGCCCCAUCUCCCCCCCCCACGGGGCUGUAACCCGAGCCGCCCAGCCGCCGCUUCCCCUCCGGAUCCUCCCCGGCGGCUCUACGGCCCCGGGUCCCCGCGCGGUGCUGCCCCAUGCAGCCCUGAGCCCCACAGCAAGUCCACCAUGGGCCGCGGGGGCCGUGUCCCCUCGGAGGCCACGGAGGCGGGCGUCGAGAGCCGCCGGCUCGGAGCCGCGCUGGCCGCGCUGUGCCUCUUCCCCGCGCUGGUGCUGCUGGCCCGGCUGGGGGCCCCGGCGGUGCCGGCCGCGAGCGCAGCGCAGGGAGACGCCGCUGCGCUGGGCCUCUCGGGGGUCCCCCCCACCCGCGUCCCGGGCUCACUGCCCCCCCGCAGACGCCGCUACACGCUGACCCCAGCCAGGCUGCGCUGGGACCACUUUAAUCUCACGUACAGGAUCCUCUCCUUCCCGCGGAACCUGCUGAGCCCGCGGGAGACCCGGCGGGCCCUGGCUGCCGCCUUCCGCAUGUGGAGCGACGUGUCCCCCUUCAGCUUUCGCGAGGUGGCCCCCGAGCAGCCCAGCGACCUCCGGAUAGGUUUCUACCCGAUCAACCACACGGACUGCCUGGUCUCCACGCUGCACCACUGCUUCGACGGCCCCACCGGGGAGCUGGCCCACGCCUUCUUCCCCCCGCACGGCGGCAUCCACUUCGACGACAGCGAGUACUGGGUCCUGGGCCCCACGCGCUACAGCUGGAAGAAAGGCGUGUGGCUCACUGACCUGGUGCACGUGGCGGCCCACGAGAUCGGCCACGCGCUGGGCCUGAUGCACUCACAGCACGGCCGGGCGCUCAUGCACCUGAACGCCACGCUGCGCGGCUGGAAGGCGCUGUCGCAGGACGAGCUGUGGGGGCUGCACCGGCUCUAUGGAUGCCUGGACCGGCUGUUCGUGUGCACGUCCUGGGCGCGGAGGGGCUUCUGCGACGCUCGCCGGCGGCUCAUGAAGAGGCUCUGCCCCAGCAGCUGCGACUUCUGCUACGAAUUCCCCUUCCCCACGGUGGCCGCCACCCCACCGCCCCCCAGGACCAAAACCAGGUUGGUGCCUGAGGGCAGGAACGUGACCUUCCGCUGUGGCCAGAAGAUUCUCCACAAGAAGGGGAAAGUCUGGUACAAGGACCAGGAGCCACUGGAGUUCUCCUACCCCGGCUACCUGGCCCUGGGCGAGGCGCACCUGAGCAUCAUUGCCAACGCCGUCAACGAGGGCACCUACACCUGUGUGGUCCGCAGGCAGCAGCGCGUGCUGAGCACCUACUCCUGGCGAGUCCGAGUGCGGGGCUGAGCCCACGUGGAGCACGGCUGAUAAAGCACUUUCUCCCUGAUGUCUCCUGCUCUUUCUUGGGAGGGUGGUGGCAGCCAGUCUGGGCAGGUGGACACACCCUGGCCCCUGACCCUCCGGAGGUGGGCGUCCUCAGGACCAGAGACCCCCUGCUUCCGCACAUAGCAGACAACAGGUACAGCCCAGGAUGGCAUGGGCUUUGCCGAGGUGGCUCCUGGGAAAGUGGGACGAGCGAAGGCCCCAGUGCCAGGGGCAGCUCAUGGGGUAGCCCAGGAAGCCUGGGUCUGUCUAGGACUUGCUCAGAGACGGGGGCGGGAGGCAACGGGGGCUUCCUGAAGGAGGCGAGAUGGGCCUCCGGGAUCCUCUGCAAGUGGGUAUGGCUGGGGUUGGUAGGACUGGCACAGGCUGCCAGGGCAAGUAGGGGCCAGGGGACCACCUUGCUGGAGCAGAGGCCCUGAGAGGUAGGAGCGCCCCUCGUGUCCCGCUAGAGCCCGGGGGGCCUGCGACUCCCCUCCCAGACAUGGUCCCAGGCCACUGAAAGGACACAGCAGCUUUCCUCCAAGAAUCCUUUUAAUACAUUUUAACACUUGUAACCACCUCGUAUAAAAACCUGCUGAAGCUGCCGGCGCACCUGGGCUGGGGCUGGGGCUGGGGCCAGGGCCUGCGUGGACGGCUGGUCUGGACACCCGAGUCGGGGCAGGAAGACACUGCUCAUCCCAACACGGACACGGGUCUCCAGCUCCGAAGAUUCCACAACUGACCCUGCCCCCACCAGCACCGUCAAAACCACGGCCCAGAGAGCCCGAUGUGUGUCGAGAGUGGGAGACGGUAUAGUGGGGGACCCUCAGACGUGCCCCCGCUCCUCCCUGGGUGCAAGUCAAGUAGACCUGAAAACACAGCUCUUUCCUCCACAACAAGGAAAAUGAUUUAAUUCUACAAAUUUACAAACCAAAAUAAAACACGGAAC